AUGAUGGAAUUAAUAGAAGAAAAAAAUAAAAAAAUAAUAAAUAAUAAUAAUAAUAUUAAUAAUAAUAAUAAUAAAGAAUUUAAUGAAAUCAAGAAUGAAAUUUUAGAAUUAAAAAGAAGCAAUUUAAGUUGCCAAGAAAAAGGAAUUAAAAUCAAAAAAGAAAUUAAUGAUGUAUAUAAACAAGUUGAUGAUAUAGCAGGUACAUUAGCAAAACAUGAAAAGGAAUCAUCUCAUCUUCAAAGUAGACUUAAACAAAUAUUAACAAAAGAAAAGCAAAUAGAUAACAAUAUUAUAAAAGAACUUACAGAUGACCUCGAACAAAUUAAAAUGAAUGUAAAGCGUUCAAAAGGAUUAUUUACACCUGAAACUGGCAGUAUUUUUGUACGUUUAUUUUUAGGACAGGUUAAUGUUAAACAUUUAAGAGAGAAUGAAAAGUUUAGAUUAAAGACAGAGUACGAAAAAUUUAAAAAGAAGACCAACCCACAAUUUAUUAUAUUUGUCGUAUUAUUACUCCUAUAUCCACAUUCAUCAUUUGUAACCACUUCAUGGCAAAUUUGGUUACUCUAUUACUAUAUCACUUUAGCUCUUCGUGAAAAUAUUCUUUUAGUCAAUGGCAGUUCAAUCAAACCAUGGUGGAUUAUGCAUCAUUAUCUCUCUAUAGCUGGUUCACUUACAAAUUUACUCUUCCCAUUUAGUGAAGCUUUUACUUAUUUCCUUCCUCAAGUAACUUAUUUCUCCGGUUGUCAAGGUUUGGUUCAAAUUUUAACAAAUCGUUAUCAACAAGGUAGACUCUAUAAAUUAGUAGCUAUGGGCAAAGCAAACAUAAUCGAUGUUACUGGCGAAUCUGAAGGUUGGAAUAAUGAUCCAGGUUGGACUCCAUCUGCAAUGUUUUUAUUACCUUUCUUAUUAUUUGUACAGUUUUUCCAAUUAUAUAAUUCAUUUUCAUUUUUCUACUUUGCAUAUCAAAGAGAUGGAAAUGUUGAAUGGCAAGUUUACAUGUGUGGUUUAAUAUUUUUAUUAUUAGGUUUUGGUAAUCUAUUUACUACAAUUUCAGUUUAUUAUCAAAAAUGGAAAAAUAUUAUAAAAGUUAAAGAUAAUUAA